AUGGUUGAAGGGAAGCGCAUCUAUAGAGAAGCGUGUGAUGAGAAAGUCGGCUGGAAUUCAGAAGUAUCUACCAGCACGUCCAAAGAUUGGAUAAAGUGGCGACAACAGUUAAGAAACGUGAAAAUUCCGAGAAGUCUAGCAAAGGAGAUUCGAAAGGUGAAAGCUAUACAUUUGCAUUUAUUUGCUGAUGCAAGUUUCACAGCGUGCUCGGCGGUCAGUAUAGCAGUAAUCGAACAUUCCAGUGGAAUAGUUAAAGGUCUUCUUACGUCAAAGUCCAGAAUUGCCAAGAGAAACACUUCCAUACCAAGGCUGGAAUUAGUUAGCGGUCAGAUGGCUGCCAAUAUGGCUAAGAAUUUGGUUGCCGCAUUGAGAAGAUGGCCAAUUGCAUCAGUUGCAGUGUGGAUGGACAGCCUGGUUGCUUUGUUUUGGAUUGCUAGCCCAGAAAGAUCCUGGAAAAUCUUUGUAUCAAAUCGGACGCGGAAGAUUGCUGAAAUUACGGAAGAAGUAGGCAUCAGUUGGAAGUACUGUCCAUCCGAGGAAAAUUUAGCUGAUUUAGGGAGUCGGGGAGCUUCGAUCGACAAAAUGGAAAAGGACGGUUGGUUUAAUGGUCCCGAGUGGCUAGUAAACCCAGACAAAUGGCCAAAACAACCAAAGCUCGAGAGAACAAAGACUGUCCUGGUCGAGCAAAAGCCGAUGACGGAAGUAGCUUUCAAUACGCAAGAAAAAGAUCCGGACGAAUGGGACUUGCUACUUUCUAGAUCAAGCUACUGGAAGACUAUUCGUGUUACUGCGUGGGCGUUAAGAUUUGUAAGCAAUGCAAGAGCCAGAAAACAGAAAACUAACCUAGCGAAAGGUCCGCUGACGACGAACGAGCUAGAACAGUCGAAAGUGCGAUGGGUGAAGAAGGUCCAAGAAGACAUACGAGGACCUGGAUGGGAAGUCAUACGAGAAGGUGAUUCUGGUUUACUGAAAUGUAAAGGUCGAAUUCCCGGGUAUCAGCCGAUAUACUUGGAAGGAGGAGACUUUACGGACAAAUUGAUCAUGCAUACACACAAUGAGAUACGUCAUUUUGGUAUCGCGAACACGAUGGCCGCACUAAGAGAGAACUGGUGGAUUCCGAGACUGCGCUCGAAAGUUAAAAGGAUCAUUAACGAAUGCAACGUAUGUAAAGCGUACCGAGUCAAACCAUAUGGUCGUACAGCAACUGCCGAACUACCUACGUUUCGAAUCGAAAGCGGACGACCAUUUGAAACAACGGGUGUUGAUUUCGCGGGUCCCCUCACAUAUAAGCUUACCAAGAAAGAAGAAGGCAAGUGCUACAUCCUAAUAUUUACAUGUGCUACAUCCAGAGCCGUGCAUCUGGAGUUGACGAAGACACAAUCGGCAGAAGAAUUCAAAGUAAAGCUAAACGCCUUCAUCGCAAGAAAGAGCAGAAUAAAUUUGAUUGUGUGAAUUGA